AUGGGUUUAUCUCAAGAGAAAGGAAAGUUCCCAACUCAACCACAGAAAAAUCCGAGAGGGGUAAAUGAAGUUUUUGAAGUGCAAAAGGAAGAUUGCAAUGCAGCUAUCACACUCAAAAAUGGGAAAGAAUAUGAAGGGCCCGAGUUACCUGUAAGUGAAGAUAUUCCUGCUAGAGAUGAACCAACCGUGGAGAAAAAUGCCAAAAAUGAGAAAGUGUCUGAAAAAUAUGAGGAAGUCAUUGUGAGCAAAGAUAAAAGGAGUGUUUCCAAUCAUUUGCCUUUCCCUUUAGCUAUGCAGAGACACAAAGUAAGGGAUAAGACUUUAGAGACUUUGGAAGUUUUGAAGCAAGUGAAGAUCAACACUCCACUCCUUGAUAUGAUCAAGCAAGUGCCUGCUUAUGCAAAGUUCCUCAAAGACUUAUGCAUUGUGAAGAGAAUGAUUAAAUUAAGCAAGAAAGCAUUCCUCACCGAGCAAGUCAGUGCCAUCAUUGAGAAUAAGGCAAUGCUGAAGUAUAAAGAUCCAGGUUGUCCUACUAUCUCGGUUCAGAUUGGAGACUCAUUCAUGGAUAGGGCUUUGUUAGAUUUGGGAGCUAGUGUAAAUUUGCUUCCAUAUUCAAUCUAUAAUCAAUUGGGAUUGGGAGAGCUUAAGGCUACUACCAUUACACUCUCUUUUGCUGACCGUUCAAUUAAAGUACCUAGAGGAGUAGUCGAAGAUGUCUUGGUGCAAGUUGAAAAGUUCUACUACGCAGUGGACUUUGUGGUGUUAGAUACAAAACCGUUGAAAAAGGGUGUCAAUUCUGUUCCAAUUAUUCUUAGGAGACCCUUCCUUGCUAUAACCAAUGCUUUUAUUAACUGUCGAAAUAGAUUGAUGCAGUUAUCUUUUGGGAACAUGACAGUGGAAAUGAAUGUCUUCAAUUUAUGCAAGCAACCGAUGGACCAAGAUGAUGUGGAGAAUGAGGAAGCAUGCCUUAUAGAGGCCUUGGAUAAGCAAGGGGUAGAGAAUGUGGUUGUUGAUCAUCUCUCCCGAGUUAAAGUAGAGUCAUAUUUUGAGGAAGCACAGAUUAAUGAUGAGUUUCCUGAUGAUGCACUUUGUGCAAUGGAGAAGUUGCCUUGGUUCUCAAACAUAGUCAACUGCUUGGCAAUUGGAGAGCUUCCCUUAAAAUGGAACAUAUAG